UUAGUAGGCUGUCAUUGGAAGAGGUCUGGCCCUCGCCACCCCCUUGGUGGGGCCCCUCGUGUGGCAGCAGCGAAUACUCAGUCAGAUCGCGGACAGCAGCGGGGAGAUGCUGCCGUCCAGCGCGGAAAAACAAGAGACUUUACAAGAUAUUUGGAUUGUUUUUUUCACAUUCAUCAAAACAUGGAUAAUAACGACACGUAUCUACAUCUUAGUUCUUCUUUGCAGGUGACCCACAGCCACCUGAGUUCUCCUCCAUCCCAGCCUCCUCUCAGCUCCAUGGUGACCCACCACCACUCUUCUAUAAUCAAUGGUAUAGGGUCACCCUACUCAGUCAUCACCUCCUCCUCCUUGGGUUCACCCGCAGCCUCCAUGCCCACCACAUCUGGAAUGGGUUAUGGAGCACUCCACAGUCCUCAGAUGAACUCUCUGAACAGUGUGAGCAGUUCAGAGGACAUUAAACCUCCUCCGGGACUGGGCGGCAUAAGCGGUUACCCGUGCGGCAGCCAGGGGUGCCUCUCCAAACACAUCUGUGCCAUUUGCGGAGACCGCUCCUCAGGGAAACAUUAUGGUGUUUACAGCUGCGAGGGCUGCAAGGGAUUUUUCAAGAGAACCAUCCGGAAAGACCUCACAUACACGUGUCGAGAGAGUAAGGACUGUCAGAUAGACAAACGCCAGCGUAACCGCUGCCAAUAUUGCCGCUAUCAGAAGUGUCUGGCCAUGGGGAUGAAGAGAGAAGCGGUACAGGAGGAGAGACAGCGCGGUCGAGAAAGGAGCGACAAUGAAGUUGAAUCCAGCUGCAUCUUUAAUGAAGAGAUGCCAGUGGAGAAGAUCCUGGAUGCUGAGCUCGCUGUAGAACCCAAGACUGAAGCUUACAUGACUGAAUCCAGCACUGGCAACUCGACAAAUGACCCAGUGACCAACAUUUGCCAGGCUGCAGACAAACAGCUCUUCACUCUUGUUGAAUGGGCUAAAAGAGUCCCACACUUUUCCGAACUACCUCUGGAUGAUCAGGUUAUCCUAUUGAGAGCAGGUUGGAACGAGCUGCUCAUCGCCUCAUUCUCACACCGAUCUGUGACUGUUAAAGAUGGAAUCCUAUUGGCCACUGGCCUGCAUGUCCAUCGCAGCAGUGCUCACAGCGCAGGAGUGGGUUCGAUAUUUGACAGGGUAUUAACAGAACUGGUUUCUAAGAUGAAGGACAUGCAGAUGGACAAAACAGAGUUGGGCUGUCUCAGGGCUAUAGUCCUCUUUAACCCAGAUGCAAAAGGAUUGUCAAAUCCAUCUGAGGUGGAGGGAUUGAGGGAAAAGGUAUACGCCUCUCUGGAGGCUUACACCAAGCACAAAUACCCCGAUCAACCGGGCAGGUUUGCCAAGCUGCUCCUGCGUCUGCCCGCUCUACGUUCCAUAGGGUUGAAGUGCCUGGAGCACCUGUUCUUCUUCAAGCUCAUUGGAGACACACCCAUAGACACUUUCCUAAUGGAGAUGCUGGAAGCUCCACACCAGAUCACAUGACACAAGUUCAGCUUCAUGUAAAUAUCCCCUAGCGCACACUUACCCCAAUUCCCCGAAAGAAGUUCUUAUUUUGUACCAAGCACAAUGUGAAAAAACAACAAAGAUUUGUAAUGGUAUUUUCAAGGAAAGCGCCACUGUUGACGUUAUAUGUAAAAUGACUGUAUACUUUUAUUUUGUACAUAGAUUUUAUCCACUGUGAUAGCAGCAGCAACUAAAUGUGAAAUUAUUUAAUUCCAAUCGAAAAUUGUAUAAAACAGACACCAGCAAUGAGUUUUAGGAUUAUGUAAUUAAAAAGUCAUUUGAAAAUGUUGUUGUUUAUGACAGUAAGUUAUUUUAACAUUCUCAAAAGUCUGACAUCUGUUUAGAUAUUUAAGUUGUUGGUGUGAUCACAAUUACUCAACAAACCACCCAGAAACAUAAUAACUAUGAGAAAUAGUGGCAGUGUGGGAUUUUGUGGUCACAGAUUCAGCCUUUUCAAACCUCCAUCAAAAAGCCAUAGAUAUAGUAAAGUAAUAUGGUGAAAUGUGGGACCUGGAGCUGGAUGUCAUGUUUAAACGAAAUGAAAAUGUAUACAAAUAUAUUUUAUUAUAAUAAAAAUACAUAUCAUUUA